CUCAGCCGAACCGCUCAGCCCAUAUCUCAAUGGGACCAAACCAGGAGCCGAAAUAUUGUAAUUUAUUUUUUUUGACGAAAAAUAUCGUAAUUUAUAAGCAACGAGCUUGGCACAGGACGUGUAGAACCCGCAACCACGGCAACAGAGACUCAGAACGGGGAAGAGGAGAUGCAGGGCGAUGAGGCGAGAAGGCUUUUAGGGUUCUCAACCAAUUCUCGCCCCACUACUUCUCAGGUAAAGGCCGCAUAUAGAAGGAAAGCUAUGGAGUCUCACCCUGAUCUGUUUCCACCACAUGAGAAAUCUCAAGCAGAAGCUAAAUUUAAACUGAUUUCAGAAGCAUACUCAUCUCUAUGGGCUGGCGCAAGAUCUGGAAGUCCGGUAGGAGGUAAUGCCUGUUUUGCAUGCAGUUUAUUGUAUUUCAGUUCAUUUGUAAAUAGUGUAUUGUUCACAAAGUGUUUGUUUCAAAUAGCUACAUCUGUACGUGUUGUGAGAACCGGAGUCCCUACCGGGUAUCGGAGAUCCAAUCCAGUUUUGCUGAAGGCACCAUUUCUCCUCAUCAUUCUGGGAACAGUUUCCCUCGGUGGUUUGAAUGCUAUGAGGGCAUACCAAAGGCAAAAGGAGGCAUAUCCCUCUUUCAAUCCAUUUCUUCCAUGAAAGAACCAUGUCUAUAAAACUGUUCGAUAGCGAUUACAACAGGAAAAUAACUACUUACAAAUGUCAAAUAGAAGUUGUUUAGCUGGGAUUGAACUAGAAGAUGGCACUUCAUCAGGGUAGGGGUAGUGGGCUACCCCUGUUAUAUAGGCCAUUGUCUAUGGACCAUUUUU